AGGGGUCUCCAAGCUCGACCAACUGACCGUUCCCGUGGACUUUUCUCACACAGCUGCCUCGGGGCUGUCUGCACCAGGGCACCUGCACUGCCAGCGCCAGGCUGGGUUCACUUUCUGCCGACAUGUUGCGACGCAGCAGCCAGAGCUACUAUACCCAGUAUAUCUGCUGGAGGUGUCUCUGCCUGGGACCGGCGGCGGAGGGUGCGUUGCGAGCACCGCGUCCCCGCACAGCUCCAGGUCCUUCGCCCGCCCUCGCCGCAGUCUCUCGGGCCCGGCCCCGCAUUCUCGCCCGCCACAGCCAAGGCGGUCUUCUGCCGCAGCACCAUCACCAGCACCAGUGCCGGUCCUUGUCCACCGCCGAUCAGUCUCCGGCCUCGGCGCCCGAACAACUCACUCUCGACGACCUCGACGCGGCGAGCCGGCGGGCCCGACAGCUCCGCUCCGAUUCCCUCGAGAGCGGCAUCCGCCAGCGUCUCAGAAAAUGGGAGGCCGAGAACCCGGCCCCCGCCGUCGCCCUCCUUCGCGACGAGCCGGCCAGUGGCGACGCCGCCAACGUCUUGACCAAGAGCCGGAGCGAGUUUGAGUUCAAGCUGGAGGUUGCCGCGGACGACGAGGAUGCCGCGCGCCCGCACUUCGACGAGCUCGACAACGGGGUCGACCUGGGCCAGGCCUCGGCGCUGCAGGCCGGAGACCUGGUCGAGGUCGCCUCGGGCGCCGGGAAAAUCCGUCUGCUCGCCGUCUGCCUGGGCAACUUCAACGGCCAGCUCCACUUCUACACCAACACCGGCAAGUGGUUCACGAGCCGCACCCUCAGCACCGGCUUCGUCGUCAAGAACUUCGUCCAGGAUCCGGCCGAGUUGCGCGCCGUGGUCGAUGCCAUCCCUUCGCUCUCGCCCUCCAGUACCGUGCUCAACGAGCUCCAGGACCUCAACGCCGGCCCGUCGCGCGACCUCGCCGCCUCGCUGAUCCGCAAGAUGCACACCUUCCAGUCUGCUGCCCGCCUGGUGCACCAGACCUAUGUCGAGAGGCUGAGCCGCGCCCACUCCCAGCUUGGCUCCGCCGAGAGGUUGCUCAGUCUGCGCGAGAUCGCCGACGCUCUGCUCCCUGCGAGCCUCAAGCGGAACAAGGGCGUCUUCCCCCCCGAAGCCCUGUACGCCGUCUAUUCCGUUGUCGAAGAGGACGACGUUGCCUUCCGCGCUCUCGAUCGUGCCCCCCGCCGCGACGGGUCGUGCGUCUUCUUGCUCCAUUCGGCCGAGGUUCAGGAGAACGUCCGCUUGGUGGAGCAGCUCGUCCGUGAUUACUACGAAUCCAUCAGCGGCCACUCCACCCCCUUGUCUGCCACCGGCGUCGCCACCGGCGUCGCCGCCAAGCUCGACGCCUUCCUGCAAGAGGCGCGCAACCUGAUCGACCAGGCCCGGACCGAACGCCCGUGGUUGCCCCACGGCAUGGUAGGACCGUGCCAGAAAGAUGGUUCGGCGCCCUCCGAGCUGCAUGUCCCCCGCUGGUCCGAGACUAGCCUGUCCAUCAUCAAGUUCAUGCAGCACUGGGCCGCCUCCAGCGGAUUCCGUCCCGGCUCCCGUUGCCAUUGGAUCGGCGCCUCGAUCUUGCGGGCUGUGCGCCGGUACGAAGACGCCUUGCUCGACCACUCUACCGGUUGGACCUUCUUGCAGGAGAUCGGUUGGAUCCCGCCGUGGGACCUGCGCGCCCGCCAUGCCCUGCGCCUGCCCGCCCUGCCCCUCCACCGCCACCCUGCGCUCUUACCGCCGCCAGGACCCGAGUCCGCCGGUCUAUCCCUUGCGCCGGACCGGCUCGCCCAUUUGCGCCAGGAUUUUGCUCGCUCCACUGUUUACUGCAUUGACUCGGCCGACACGCUCGAUGUCGACGACGGUAUCUCGCUGGAACCGCUGGGCAACGGGGAACACUGGAUCCACGUCCACGUCGCGGACCCGGCAUCCCGCAUCUUGCCCGACAGCCCGCUUGCAGCGCAGGCAGCCUCGCGGGUGCAGACCAGCUACCUCGGGGGCUUCAACCUACGCAUGCUCGACGGCGAUCACGUCCGGGAGGCCUUUUCUUUGGGCCCCAACCAACCCUGCCUCACCUUCAGCGCGCGUGUCAGUGAGACGGGUCAGCUGCUCGACAGCAAAGUGACGCCCGGAGUCCUCCGCGAUGUCGUCUACAUCACCCCAGAGGACGCCUCCUCCAUCUGCGACGAUGCCGACUCGUCAAGCGUGCCGACCACCGUUCUCGAAGUGGGCAUCCCCCCGCCGAAAGACACUGCUCCCGUCAGGAGGAUGACCGCGGCCAAGGAGCUAUCAAGACAGCAGCGCGCCGAACUCAGGACGCUGUCGAAGCUUGCCACGGCCCUCCAACAUACUCGCCUCGCCAACGGGGCCAUUCCCUAUCAUCUGCCUCGGCCGCAGGCCAAAGUGUCGAUGCACGCAGUUGCGCCGGCAGCGAGUAGCGACGGCUCAGCUUUCUACCGUGGCGACCCAUACAUUCAUGUCUCGUACGCGGGCCAAGGUAGCCCCCUCGUGAACAGUUUGAUGCAGCUGGCUGGUGAAGUCGCCGCCCGGUGGUGCUACGAGCGGGACAUCCCCGUGCCAUACCGCGUCCAGCGGGUCUCCAGCCAAAAUCUGGACGCCCUGCGCGCCUUCAAUCAGGAUGUCUUUUACCCGCAGCUCCUUGCCGGCAAGAGGCCUUCCGCCGAAGACUGGCACACCCUGCGCUCUCUCUCCGGUGGUCACGACGUCUCCACUACCCCAGCUCCCAAUCUAGCCAUGGGACUGGACCUGUACACCAAAGUGACGUCCCCGCUUCGACGGUACCCUGACUUGCUCGUGCACUGGCAGAUCGAGGCCGCUCUCCUGGAAGAGCACCGCCGGGGCGAGUCGCUUGUUGUCAGGAAGUUCCACGGAGCCGGCGCUGGCGCCGGAACUGACGGGACUGCGACUGCUCAUGAAAGCACCCCGCCUGCCAAGGGAAAGGCAACAAAGGAUUCGCGAAACUGGCUGCCGUUCUCCCAGAAGCAGCUCGAAGACAACGUGCUCCCCCAGGUCCGCAUCCGCGAGCGACACGCCAAGCUGCUCGACCAGGUCGACGGCAACAGCCAGUGGAUCCUGCAAGCGCUGGUGCGCGCGUGGCGCUUCGGCGAGGGCUCGACGCAGCUGCCCCGGUCCUUCCUGUUCACCGUCGUGGACGUCGUGGGCAAGCGCGCGGCCAAGGGCCACAUCGACUGGUUCGACCGUCCCGCCAUGGUCGACCUCGAGGGCUUGGCCGGCGUCGUCCGCAUCGGCAACGUGCGGCCCGGUGAUGUCUUCAAGGCCGAGCUGGCCGACGUGAAUGUGCAUACGAACCAAAUUCGUUUGAAGCUGUUGGAGAAGGUCCAGGGGAUGGAAGGGAAUAAGUAGGUGGAUGGGCAUGGAACUUGAGACUGGGACGGGC